AUGGCUCGCUACAUCAUUCCGUCUGUGACCAUAUCAGCAAUAUAUGGAGUGUACAAAUCAUAUUGGCCGGACAAAAACGACAAAAAAAAGAUUCUAUCUGUGGAAGACGCUGUCAAGUUACUCAAUGUCAAUGCAAACACAUCGGAGGCCCUCCGCUACAUACAACACACAGAGAGCAAAGAAUUUUUGAAAACUUUGAAUCCAGCAGCAGUCGCACUUCUAGCAAGAUCUGGGUCAGAAUUAUGCAUGAAAAUUCCUAUAAAAUCGUGUGUGGACCAGAAGUUAGACGUUUCGGAAGCACUAAGCAAGUUCAAUCUUGGAGACAAGUGGAAUAGCAGUAUAGAAUGGAUAAACCGAGUUGCGUGUCCAGAAGAGGAUCUUUCAUGCUCAGAUGAAUGGCUUAAAACCUUCGACGUGUCUGCAAUCGAUGUGGAUGUGAUCCCUUUUCUGUUCAAUGUCUAUGCAGAAUUCUAUCGUUCCAACGUUGACAUCGCCGUCCUUGCCAUGAAAAUCCUCUCGAAUAUUGUCGGCGCCGAUGAAAAGUACGCAAAGUCAAUGCUCGAUUCGGAGUGGCUACCACUGAUAAGCACGAUGGUGAUGAAUGGGAAAAGUUUGAUGGAACGACUGUUAUCACAUAAAGUAUGCCAGAAUGCGUUGAGCUCCUUGAAAUCUAUUGACUAUCGAUUACCAUCAGAUGUUUAUGAGAUGCAUCUACCAGAUGAAGAACCAGAGUUCGACAUCGUGCUGAUUCAUGGACUACGUGGAAGUGUUGCUUAUACUUGGCGUCAGAAGGAUUCAGAUGAGAAUCUGCUCUCAACGUGUUGGCCAAAGGACUGGCUUCCUCUGGAUAUCAAAAGACCCUUUCGAAUAAUUGGCCUGGAAUAUCCUUCAUAUAUUUUCCAUUUCACAGGAACUCAGCAGAGUUUGCAGAGUAGAUCAGAACGUUUCAAAGAGCAACUUGAAAUCGCUGGAAUUGGAAAGCGACCCGUUUUGUUUAUCUGUCACUCAAUGGGUGGUCUGCUGGCUAAAAAACUUCUUGUCGACUCACCGAAUCUUUUGAAAAAUACAAUUGGAGUACUGUUCAUUGCAACUCCACACAAAGGAAGUCCUGUUGCAAACUGGGGAUAUUCAGUGUUUCAACCAACUGAAGAUGUUGUGAUGCUCAGUGAGAGUAAUGCAACAAAUAAGAAACUGAACGAUGACUUCUCUGCAGUAAGUAAGGAUAUUCCAGUGAUAGUGAGUAUGGUGGAGACAUUGGAGUCAAAUAUUAUCGCUAACGCCAAAAGCAUCGUGGUGCCCAACAAGUCAGCUGUGUUCGAACAAGGCGCUGUUUAUCAUAUCGCUGAUGUCCACCUGAAUUUGUGCAAACCAACACGUGACAGUGCUUCAUACGGCGUCAUCAUCAAUUUCCUGUUAGAUUGUUUCCGAGAACACGACAAACAUCCAAAAGCAUAA